UGUAUAAAUAGUGAUAUCACAAGUGUUAAACGACAUCAGACAAGUUCAAGUUUUCGAACAGAAAGCAACAAUCAAAUAAACCAUCAAAAUGUUCAAAUCCGCUAUUGUCAUCCUGGCCAUCGUUGCUUGUGUUGCCGCCAAACCAGGACUCCUGGGUGCUCCUCUGGCAUAUACCGCUCCUCUAGCCUACACUGCCCCCGCAGCUGUCGUGGCUGCUCCUGCUCCAGUCGUAACAGCCACCAGUAGCCAGGUGAUCGCCAGGAACUUCAAUGGAAUCGCUGCUGCUCCAGUGAUUGCUCCCGUAGCUGCUCCAGUGGUCGCAAAGUAUACAGCUGCCCCUUUGGCCGCUCCAUUGGCCUAUUCUUCCCCUCUAGCUUACUCCGCACCACUGACCUACGCCGCUGCUCCUGCACCUCUCCUCAUCUAAAUUUUUAAGACUUGGCAUGAAUAAACUGAACCCAAAACGGAAAACUA